UAAACGUGGCACAACAAUACGCGGUACAUUCCGGAAUUCACUAGCAGACUGCGAGCAUGGCUGUGUCUUACUCUACUUCAUGCACAUAAACAGGGACACAAUGUGAUUUUGUUAUACUGGUGGUGAAUUUCGGAACUUGCUCGUUGCGAAAUGUAUGGUUACCUUGCUGCUCCGACUAAAGUAAGGUUACAGACCUCCUUGACUUAAGAAAUACAUAUGUGGUGCUGUGCGACAAAGUGAUAAUCUGUUGAUUUUAAAUGUAUACAUGACACAAAGCCAGGUAAACGAGACGUCGUCAGAGAGGAUGGUUUCUGUACGGGAUUGGCGACAGGCCCUUCGGACCCCACACGUGUAUCGCGUUGGCAAUAGUGCUUUUCGUAUACAGAGUCUGUAUCUUGUAUUUUUUGUCUUUAUUGUGCUCGUUAUUACAUUGUUUUAUACUUAUCCCUCGAUGAACAAUGCUGUACAAUCUCAUUUUGCUAAAUCAUCCUUACCACCUUGUCGUUAUUAUAAAUAUAACAAGACAUAUCCGUUGACGGCACCAACCAAGACUUCCAUCGGUAUUUCAUAUAAAAUAGCAAUUAUCAGUGAUUUGGAUCAUGCAUCUAAAAGUGUUGACAAGAAAGACACUUGGCUGAGUUACUUGAAGAAGGGCCAUCUCAUGUGGUUUCCCAAUAAAAAUGUUAUGUCGGUUUCUUGGGACAAUGACAUGUCCGUACUGUCAUCAUCAUUUGCUAUGAAAGGUCGUGGCAUGGAAUUAUCAGAAUUAGUUACUUUUGAUGGAAAACUCGUGACUUUUGAUGAUCGUACUGGAAUGAUAUAUUACAUAGAAGGUGAUCAAGCUUAUCCUUGGGUUAUUCUCAUGGAUGGCAAUGGAAAGGAUUCUAAAGGUUUUAAAUCAGAAUGGGCAACGGUAAAGGAUGAACAGCUCUAUGUUGGUAGCAUGGGAAAAGAAUGGACUACAGCGGCUGGAGAAUUUGUAAAUAAUAAUCCGCAAUGGGUUAAGACUGUAUCUGUUCUAGGAGAAAAACAUUCUUUAAAUUGGGUAUCUAACUACAACCGUCUUCGGCAAGCAUAUGAUAUUGAAUUUCCAGGCUACAUGAUUCAUGAAUCUGCUGCAUGGAGUGACAUACACAGAAGCUGGUUUUUUCUACCUCGUAGAUGUUCCAAAGACCGUUACAACGAGACAAAGGAUGAAUUUAUGGGCUGCAAUAUUAUGUUAAUAGCCGAUGAAAAUUUCUUGAAUAUCAAGGUCACCAAGGUCGGCAAUUUAAUUCCAACCAGAGGUUUCUCCAGUUUCAAGUUCCUACCUAAAUCAAAAGAUUCAGUCAUUGUAGCAUUAAAGACUGAAGAGAACCAAGGACAUACUGCUACAUACAUUAUGGCGUUCGGCAUUGACGGAACAAUAGUAAUGCCGGAACUUAAAGUAAUAGACAAGAAAUUCGAAGGACUUGAGUUUAUAUGACAUUUCCUUCUAGGAAUGCUAAUAAAAAUCAAUGUACAAAAUUGUAAAUAGACAUACAGAUAAUAUGAAGAUAUUUGUUAUGGAUUGACCAAUACAAAGUAUAUAAUAACGCAUUUAUUAUAUUUAAACUAUA